AUGGACAUCAUAAACACUCAUGAGAGUUCUGUCCACCCUGAGCCCAGCAGGAGCAGGAUCUCAGAGGCAGUUCUCAGGGUGAAAGAGAAACUCUUCAACUGGCCACCAGGACAGGAAGAAGAACUGGACAAGAACCUAUUGCAGGACAUAACUGAAAUGGCAUUAAAAAGAGAGGUAAUAAUCAUGGGAGACUUUAAUCUUCCUGAUAUAAACUGGGAGGUGUCUGUUGCUAGUUCCACUAGAAGUAAAGACAUUCUAAUUUCCCUUCAGGGAGCAUCCCUCCACCAACUGUUUAAAACAGGAGAGAAUGGACUUCUGUACAUAGUGCGACAUAAGUGGUGGAAAUAUAUACUGCUAGCAAUUGUCGAUGUUGAAGCAAACUAUUCUAUUGUUAAAGCCUACCAGUUUACUACCAUCACCAGUGUCCAGCUUUUAGAUUGUGUUGGGAUCCCUGUCCUGAUGGCUCUGUCUUGGUUCAUUCUUCGCGCCAGAUUCAGAUUGAUCCAUUACAUUGCAGUCGUGGUCUGUCUGUUAGGCGUGGGGACCAUGGUUGGUGCAGAUGUGUUGUCCGGAAGAGAGGAAGGCAAAGCCAGUGACAUGCUUAUUGGUGAUCUUCUGGUUAUCCUGGGUGCCUGCUUAUACUCUGUUUCCAAUGUGUCGGAAGAGUAUGUGGUGAAAAACCUGACCCGUGAGGAGUUCCUGGGGAUGCUGGGCCUGUUCGGGACAUUUAUCAGUGGGAUGCAGCUCAUCAUUGUAGAAUACAAUGCUAUUGGCAACAUAGAGUGGAACUGGAUAGUGGGUCUGCUGUUUGCGGUCUUUGCCCUGUGCAUGUUCGGUCUGUACAGCUUGAUGCCUAUCGUGAUAAGAGUGACCAGUGCUACGUCCGUUAACCUGGGCAUCCUGACAGCUGACCUCUACAGCCUCUUCUUUGGCCUGUUUUUAUUUGGGUACAAUUUUUCUGGCCUCUACAUCCUGGCAUUUGUUGUAAUUAUGGUGGGAUUCAUCAUGUACUGCAGCACAGCAACGUACACUGCGGAAGCUUCACCGGAGCCGACAUCCGGAGGGAUUGAGAACAGCAUGAUGAAAGAGGAGGUGGAAACACCUCAUGAACCCCAUAUGCCUUUGCAGUACAUACCUGAGGAGCUCUCCGGGGUGCUACAAGAUGAAACACAGUCACCGCCGCGCCUUUUAAGUUCCAUGUGAGAUGAAGAGUGGACCUUUUUUAAAAAAAACCCUAUAAAAACAAAAUAAACUUUCUUUUAUAUAAAGGGGGGAAAAAGCAAGAGAAGUAACAACACCUCAAACACAUUCUGUAGACCAUGGCAAUCCUCGGUCAUUUAUUGCACACAACACAUCUGGUUUUUGCCAUGGAAAGGUCUCAUAAGAGAACUGCUAAAAUAUAUGGCUGGUGUGAAGCCACCACGGGAAGGCUCAUCUAGCUGUCCGUGACUUCAUUUCAUUUUUGUUUUGUAAUAUUAUGUGACUCCGAUCAGGUUGUUCUGGUAAGUCUCCAUUUUCAUGCAAUUCAAAAAGUUGCAGUGUAACCCGCUGUAUUAGAUUGCUGUUCUUGUUACCUUCUUACAGUGUUUUCAGGAACAUGGUGAGAGUGGCAGCUAUACUAUAGCUCACUGACCAAUCGGCUAUGGUCCUUGAUUGGUCUAGUGUAAGUUAGGCUAAUGAAAGCUAAUAUUUGGUUGGUUACUGUGGUUCAUAUUUUACAACUGGAGCUCUUAUUUUUUUACUCCAGUUUAGAGGCUCAUCAGAAUUACAAUAACAUGUUAGAACAAUGCCAAUUUAGUAGUUAGGGAUUUUGUGGCUUGAUAGAUUUUAUUUUUCUAAUUUAGCAUGCUAGUGGCCUGAAAGAGGAUGAAAUUGAAGGGAUGACUUCAUUUUAUAUUCAUUUUUAAGUCUUUAUUUUGUACUGUAGUGCCUAGAUCUCAUACACCAUGUAAUUUUUUUUUUAACAUUUAUUUUUAGUUCUUCAAUGUACUGUAUUUAAGUGCAGCCUACAAAAAACAAAUGUGCCAGAUGUACUAAGCCUUUCUAGAGAGAUAGUGGAGAGAGAUAAAGUACCAAUCAAUCCGCUCCUAACUGCCAUUUUUCAAACACAGCCUAUAUCGUGACAGUUAGGAGCUGAAUGGUUGGUACUUUAUCUUUCUCCACUUUAUCACUCUCAAAGGCUUAAUAUAUCUCUCCCAGAGUCUAAUGCUUCUUAGUAGGAGCUAUAGCUAGGGUAAAUUAUGUUAAGAACUGUAAAUUAGGAAACAUGGAGAAGGUUGUCCUCUGUAAUAGUCUGUGUGUACAGAUGUGUCCCCCUUACAUCCAUGCUGCAGUCACGCUAAACAGCCAUUCAAGUCAUGCCAUUAUUAUUAUUAUUAUUAUUAUUAUCCUUUUUUUAUAUGGCGCCACAAGGGUUCCGCAGUGCCCAAUUACAGAGUACAUGAAUAAUCAAACAGGAAAACAGCAACUUACACUUGAUGACAGUAUAGGACAAGUACAGGGUAAAUAAACAUAGUUACAUCAGCAGAUGACACUGGAAUAAGUAUCAGGUGGCAGAAGACUGCUGGAUGUGGUGCAGUUGAAGAUUAUUAAAGUAAGAAAGGAUAAGCACAUGAGGGAAGAGGGCCCUGCUCGUGAGAGCUUACAUUCUAAAGGCCAUGACGUGGCGGUACUCGGUAAUGCAAUAAGACAUACAAAAAGCUUCUGCUAAUUAAAAUGAUAUGCAGCAUGCCUAUAUUCUGUGUAACUGCGGCUGUAACUGCCUCCGAAAUGUCGUGUUACUAAACAUUUUGUAUGCAAAUACAGUUGUAGUCACACACAGAAUAUAGGCAUGCUGCAUGUCAUUUUAAUCAGCAGAAGCUGCUCGUGCAUUCUAUUGCAUUACAUUGCACCUAAGACACAUUUAUGUGGAAAAACGUAAAUAAAGAUGCUCGGCUCUACCGAGUCACACGGCACUCACGCGUUAUGUGUAACGCAACUUACAGUAUAGCGCACACAGCAAAGAUGUAAGAGGACACAUCUGUACAUUGCCGUUAUCAACAGAUAUAGACCAUGAUUGACAGGUCCUGUUCUAGAACUGUUCUAGUUCUCUUUAUACAACAUGUUUCAUAAGAUGUUUAGCUGCAGAGGUUCCUGACCAGGUAACAGUGUGCCUGUCGCCUAUAUCUCCAUCCAUGCUCGCCUUAUGUGUCCCCGUGACCUUUCCAUUGGAACGAUUGCUUAGUCAUUGUUAGAAGGGUGCAGCCAUGCUGUGGUUUGGAACCAGUGACCUCUGUGAGGUAUGAUGCAUACUGUGCCUGGCAGUAAUGGGCUGCAUAUCUCUUUUAUGCUAAAUAAUAAAUAUUGAACACAA